CACCUCGUGCCGCUUCAUGCCCGCAAAUAUUCCACCCUUCAGCUGCACCGACACAUCUUCCCCCAGCCGAUCAAGUGCUAAAUGCUCGGGGCCUCGUGGCUGGGACAGCAACGUGGGUUUCCCCUUCCAAUGGGCGCAAGCUAUAGAGCCACAAAGACCAAAGCUGGAGUCGAGGAGAGCGGAAGAGCACCCCGGGCCGCCGCCCUGCUCCCUCUCCCAGCCUGGGCCUCCUGGCAGCGUAGGCCACGGGAGACCCAGCAGCACCCAGGGUGGGAGUGCGUCUCAAUCGGACCCAGAGCCUGGGGGACAGGGAAUGACCGACAGUGCUCGGAGACCUGCACUCACCUCCGCAGCGGGCUGCUCCCCGGCGCUGCCGGAAGUGCGUCACCAGGCGGCCGGGCCUCUCUGGGAGAAAGGUCGCUCCGCCUCGCUGGUGGUCACGCCCGGCCAGCUGUGGCCGCAUCCGUGUCGGCUAGCUCGGGUCUGGCCCACGGUGACUGUUACCCCUGGAGAAUGGGGCAGCACUGAUCCAUCCAACGCUGCUGCACUGGAGACUGGUAUUUGGCUCCCACUUGCCUCUGUGGCCUCUUAUCACUCCCAUUCAUUCCCUGACUCCACCUCAGCCCUACAUGCUAAAAAUGCUGUUCUCUAAAUCUAGAAUGCCCUUCUCUUCCCAUUCCUACCUUCCAGCUUGACUGUUACUGGAAGUGUGAGCUCAAAUCCCAUUUUGCAUGGGAAGCAAGCCUUCCCUGAUCAUCCAGUAUAAGGCAGGACACUCAUUUAUGUGCCAUCACAGCACUGUAUACUUAUUUAAUGGUGAUAGCUUAUUUAUAUGUCUGUCUUCUCUGGUGGCUCCAGGGAACAGACACUGUAUCUAUCUUGUUCAACAUCAUCAUCGUCAGCUAGAGAAUAACCUGGCAGAAAGAAGGAGAGCAAUAAACAUUUGUUGUUGACAAUGGUCCAAAGGCUCCAGCCCUAACUCUUAGGCAGAAGCCUACUUUGUGUGUCUCCAAGGGUAGGAUAUGUCCUAUGCCUUGGACCUUGACAGUGACCAUGGCCAGGUGCCCUUCUCUGCCUUGCCCUGACCCUGAUCUUCACUGUUUUCCAAAAUGAGCUCAUUAAGAAAAUGAUUGGGCAGAGUAAUAGCUGGGGAUUAUGUUGCUCUUGUCAAUAAGUUCUGUUUUUCACUUCUUUCUAGGGUCAGAAAUCAGGAGUGAGGACUUGUUGAAAGAAAUAGGAAGGAAUCAGGAGAUCACACAAAUGCUGGCCCCAAAUGUUUGCAUCAUAAACCUACUGCCUAAUUUUACAGAUGAGAAAAUAAAGCUCUCUAAAUAACCACAAAACUCCUACUCCUACUUCAGACAUAUUGGAAAAAUGAGAUAAUAAUGCACAAACCAAGUUUCAAAAGCUCUACAGUAGGUCUGGAGAGAUGGAGAUCAGUUCUUGCCUGUCAACCCCUGUUCUUCCAUUCUUAUAUGGUCACAGAAUCUCUAGCAAGGAACAUGACAGCUCAGGGAAAAAGCACACAUUUCCCAGCAUUCUUUAAGGCAAAGUGUGUCCAUGUGACCAACUUCUGGCAAACAGGCUGUAAGAAAAUGUGAUGCUGUGUCCUUAAAGACAAGGGACAUGCCCUCCUUGGCCGCAAACUUUCAUCGACCAGGUGGAAUGUUGACAAGGGAGAGCAUCAGAGCAUCUUGGACCAUGUGAAUAAGGGUGUGGCUGCUGGGGAUGACAUAGCAACUAAAAGGAGGAGUCACAGAGCUGCUAUAUCAGCCCCAGAUGGCUUACGUUCUGAUGAUACAUGAAAGAGAAAUAAACUUUCAUCAAAUUUAAACCACAUUUAUUUGGGUUCUUCAAAUUAAUUUCCAAGCCCAUAGCCUAACUAAUACCCCUAGAAAUGAGGAAGGAUGGAAAAAUCACACAACACAGCAGUUAAAAAAUUAAGCUGGCUCUUCGACUACAGCAUUCUAGAAGUUCAUUUCCACGCUGGGCCUGCAGCCAUGUAGUGUCAGUUUCCUCCUGCUCAGCUCUAAGGCUUCUUCUCCUGCACCCUUUGUCCCUGCAGCCCCAAGACCUCUCUAAAGCCCUUCCUCUCUGAACACCAGGGAAAGCUGACAAUCUUCUCAUGUUAAAAAAUCUUUUUUGUUGGCCGGGCAUGGUGGCUCACACCUGUAAUCCCAGCACUUUGGCAGGCUGAGGUGGGGGAUCACCUGAGAUUGGGAGUUCGAGACAGCCUGACUAACAUGGAGAAACUCGGUCUCUACUAAAAAUACAAAAUUAGCCAGGCGUGGUGGCGCAUGCCUGUAUUCCCAGCUACUCAGGAGGCUGAGGCAGCAGAAUCGCUUGAACCCAGGAGGCGGAGGUUGUGGUGGGCUGAGAUUGUGCCAUUGCACUCCAGCCUGGGCAACAAGAGCGAAACUCUGUCUCAAAAAAGAAAAAAUAUUUAUUGUUGUUUCCAGUUUUAAUAGGACAGAGUAAAGAUGGCUUUGCCUGCUUCUUCUCGUGAAAAUUGUGGCAAAACAACAGUCUGGUUGAUGUUCAUUCCAGGAGUUCAAGGCUGUUUUCAUGCUACAAAAUUUUUACUUACUUAUUGAUGUUGUGAGUUCUGUGAACAAAUCAUUUAAUCUAUGUGGAGAAAUGUACUAGGGUAGGGCGAGGUCUUAUUCUCAAAGCAACCAAACAUAUAUAGGAAUAAAUUUACUAAUAAAUGUAUAAGACAUAUAUCAAGAAAAUUUUAAACAUUUGGGGACUAAACCAAUGAAAACCCCUUGUGUAAAUGGAAAGGCUCAGAUAAUCCUUCAGUAGGAAGGGUAGUUUUCUUUAUUUAAUCCAUAAGUCCAACGUCAUACCAAAUAAAACCCCUACAGGAUUUGUUUUAAAACUUGUGAAAAUGAUUCUAAAAUUUACGUAGAAAAAAUGUUAGAAGCGACUGGGCACAGUGCCUCAUGCCUAUAAUCCCAGCACUUUGGGAGGCCAAGGUGGGCGGAUCACCUGAGCUCAGGAGUUCAAGACCAGCCUGGCCAACAUCGUGAAACCUUGUCUUUACUAAAAAUACAAAAAUUAGCCCAGAGUGGUGGCGCACACCUGUAAUCCCAGCUACUGGGGAAGCUGGGGCAGGAGAAUUGCUUGAACCCGAGAGGCGGAGGUUGUAGUGAGCCAAGAUCAUGCCGCUGCACUGCAGCCUGGGUGACAGAGUGAGACUCUGUC